CACUCAGCUGGGAGGGGCGGGGACAGGCGGAAACAUGACAGCCAAUAGCGCUCAGUGUGCGCUGCCAACCAAACCUCAUCCUGUCAGUCUAGAUUCUGUUUCUAGGAGGGGGAGGGAAGAAAGCUAUAGAGAACAUGAUUGGCUGAAUAGUCAGAGGGCCGGGACUUUAAGUUAGGGGCUGUGGGCAAAUUUUAAAACCACAGAUAAAAGGAAUCAGUCAGAAUCGUAAGGCCGAUAGACUUGCUGGAAAUCUGAUUAACCCUGAGACGUGAAGUAAAUCUAUACAUUGUGUGUGAGGGGAGCUGAGAGAUAUUUGUGCGGUACAGAGAUAUGUGAGGAAUUGUCUCCCGUCCCUUACUGAGCCGCUCUCACUCCCACCUCCCAAGCACCCGGGACCAUUGGUUUGUAGCCGGAGCAGGGAACUCUGGGAACUUCCACACAGCCUGCCUGAACACAUUGAAGUUGGCCUCUCCAUCUUCCUUCAAUCCUCGGAGUUCCAACUUCACCUGUUUUGUGACAUCACGAGGCAAAGAUUAACAUGAAAAACUAGGGUAGCCAAUGGGACUGAGGGAGGAAGCGAGUGACACAGGGAUGAAGGGCAAGAAGAAGAAGGAUAAAAAUGAGCGGAACAAGAGAAUCCUGAAUCUGACACUGGAGAUAAUCUAUCUGCUGACUGGAGAGGAGAAUUUUAAUGAAGACACUGCGCUUAUUACAGAAGGGAUAAAGGAGGAGUCCCAGAAUCCCCACCCACUGGACAGUGAAUAUGAAGAUAAGAGAGAUAUUACAGCUGAUCUGGGAGAGACAUUGUGUUAUAAUAAUGAGCCAAGCAAGACUGAGGGAGAAGGAGCAGAUUUCAGGGUAGAUAGAAAUCUCACAAACCCUGAAAUGUCUCCAGCGGAACAAACCCCACCAGCCAAUGGGAUUAAGGAGGAACCAGCUUCAUGGGAAGAAGGAAACAUUUCUAAUUUCACAAUUAUUACUGUUUCUGAAUCAAUGCAGGAAAACAAUACAUCUGCUCCGAUCAUGGGAUGCAGCCAAAAUCCAAGCUUGUUAGAUAGUGAUGCAUCCAAUGGGAUUAAAGAGGAAGGAGCUUCAUGUGAAGAGGGAAACCAAUCAGAUUGCAGUAUUAAUCCACUUACAAAACAGAUGAAGGGAACAGAUGCACCUACUCUCAACAUGGAGCUGUACAACUGUUCGGAGUGUAAUAAACACUUUAAAACUGAGGCCGGUCUUCUCAAGCAUCAGAUAAUUCACACAGAAGAAAAACCAUAUUUCUGUUCUGUGUGUGAGAAACGUUUUGCGUGGUAUUCAGAUCUCAUUGUACAUCAGAGAAGUCACACAGGAGAAAAACCUUUCUCUUGUUCUGAAUGUGGGAGAUGUUUUUCAUAUCCUUCAGACUUAAACAGACACUACAAAAUCCACACUGGAGAGAAACCAUGUCUUUGUUCUCACUGUGGGAAACAAUUUACUUCUCACUCCGACCUUGUCGCACAUCGAAGAAGUCACAGAGCAGACACACUUUACUCCUGUGCUGAAUGUGGGAAACAUUUUAAACACCACUCACAACUGACUGUACACAAGAGAGUCCAUUCUGGAGAGACACUGUAUUCUUGUUCCGAAUGUGGGAAAGAGUUUAAAGAACCCUCAACCCUUACGAUACAUAUGAGAAUUCACACAGGGGAGAGACCAUUCACUUGUUCUCACUGUCAGAAAGGUUUUGCUCGUCGCUCGGAUCUUGAUAGACACCUCAGCAUUCACAAAACAGUAAGACCUUUCCCUUGCUCUCAGUGUGGGAAACGUUUUGCUUGUAUGUCUGACCUUAAUGUGCAUCACAGGAGUCACAUAGACGACAGACCGUUCUCUUGUUCCGAGUGUGGGAAAUGUUUCAAAAAGAAUUCACACCUUACUACACAUCAACGGACCCACACAGGAGAGAAACCAUUUUCUUGCUCUGAAUGUGGGAAAUGUUUUACUGAGCGCUCAAGUCUUAAUGUACAUCAAACAAUUCACACAGGGGAGAAACCGUUCACCUGCUCUGAAUGUGGGAAAUGUUUCAGCAAUCGCGCCGGUCUCAGGAUCCAUAAAAAAUUCCACACGGGAGAGAGACCAUUCUCCUGUUCUGAAUGUGGGAAAUCUUUUACCUAUCGCUCACACCUCACCGUACACCUCAGAGUUCACACCGGAGAAAAACCUUACACUUGCACCGAAUGUGGGAAAGGUUUCACCCGUCGUUCACACCUUAAUGUGCAUCUCAGAUUUCACACCGGGGAGAAACCAUUUACUUGCACUGAAUGUGGGAAAUGUUUUACGUAUCGUUUCCAGCUUACUGCACAUUCCCAAUUACACACAGGAGAGAAACCAGAUUCUGAUAACUUAACAUAUACAACCAUGAGUGAGUAACAUAAAGUUAUGAUGCUGUUAAACUCUAAUUCCUUUUGGUUAAUUUAUGCUUAAUCUUUAAUACUCUUGUAAUUCUUUAGGCUGUUUAUUUUUUUAUUGUAAGUUUUGCCCUUUAGUGGGGGGUAUGUGGUCAUUUUGAGUAUGAAGAUUUACAUACAGUACUUUUUUUUUUUUUUUAACAUUUUCAUAUUCAAGGUUUUUCCACCACAGCAUCAUGACUUUACAACAGAAGUGCGUUUUGCUUUUCUGUGGUCAGCUGAAGUAUUGACGCGUGCUUGUUCUAGUUUCAGCUAAGAUCUUGACAGUGAGCAAUUAUGAACUGAGCAAAGAAGCAUCAGGAGACAAACCCCUCUGGCAAAAACAGAAGGGGCGCUCCUUUUGCAAAUUCUUUGUUUUUGUAAAACUGCUAAAAUCAGCAAAACUAUUGAAAUUGCAAUUAUGCAACAAUGAGUUAGUAUUACUCCCCUGUACUAUUUUAGAUUAGUCAACAACAAGAGUGUUCCAGACACCUGGAGAAGAGAUCCAGUAUCUAUAUUUGAACUCUUAUACAUGGGUGUUUCUUUAUGCAGUUCCACCUCUUGGCAAUGCAUGUGUUAAGGUUAACCAACUCCAUUUUGUGCAUGUGGGUAGGGUGUAACAAUAAACAAUGUACUGACUCCAGUAUUUUGGGAUUCUGCCGAGUCCUGAAUUUUCCAUGAAGGAUUUGGCUAAAUCCCGAACCGCAUCCAAACCCUAAUUUGAAUAUGCAAAUUAGGGCAAAGAAGGGUUCAAAAGAACAACACUCGCCGCACACAGACUGCAAUUUCCUUGUUUGUGGGAUGAAAAGUCACGUGAUUUUAAGGAUUCAGUCAGGCCUCUUGGAUUUGUAGGAAUCCUCUUGAAAAAGGCAGAAUGUUGGCUGAACCCUAAAAUAAAGCAAAAGUUGUAAUGGUCAUGAAGCUCUGUGAGUAGAGUAUACAGCUUAGAUCUAUACUGAAGAGCAACAAAAAGGUAGACAGUCUACACGACUAAGCCUAUGGGUUCGGUGUCUAUAUUGCCAUCCCUGCAAGUCUGUUCCAAGGCAUAACCUCAAGGUGAUGAUACACCUUCAUAUUUAGUCAUCGAUUUCCACCAUACUACCUGACCAUCUAGGAAUGUAUGUCCAAUACAAUCCUGGUAGGAUGAGGAUUAUAGGCUCUGAGCGAAAAUCAGUUUGAUGGGUUACAACUCUGCAGCUCUGCUAGACUGCCCCAACAAAUGGAAUAACAGAAAGGUGGUCACAUUUGUGUUUGAUUCAUUGUAUGUCCCUCUGACCACAGGGCACUUUAAAGCACAUAUGUAAAACAAAACACUAAUUAUGUAGUCAAUAAUAGCAAUAUAUAAUGCUGGUUUGACUUGGGACUAAAAAUUAAUAUUAUCUUAAAAAUGCCCCUUUAUUGGAGCUCCCUAUAGAUUAACAAUCCCUGUCUGCUGUUCAAAUGAGGGGCGGGCGUGUCCUACGGCAGUAACGGGGACAGCCAAUCACAGCCCUGCAGUCACAAGUGUAAAUACAGGCUUCAGUUCCCUAUCAGGUCAGCCUGGUUGCUGAUUGGUUCCUGUCCUACAGUGCAGUGAGCUGAGUGCCGCCGCUCUCCUGCACAGCCAGAGAAUUCACCGGGCUGAAGUGGAACAGGUGGGCAGGGCUAGAUGGGUUUUGGGGACAUUUUUUCAAUAAAUCAGCCCCAAACACAUACUUUAAAGCACAUAAUUCUAUAGUUAGAGGAGUAAAAUGCUCUGGCACAUUCUUGUUUUUACACACACUCCUUUAAAUGUGUCCAUACACGGGCAGAUUUAACCUGCCGAUAUUGGUCCUUUAGAUGGGAAUGGGGAGGGAACCAGUAUGUGUUUCCAUGUAGCUCCUUUAUGUUGGUGCUAAUGGUUCUUAUUUGGGGCCACUCCAUCUCUAAGCUACAUACAGUCAUGUGUAAAAAUAUGUAAACCACAAGGCAAUUUUUUACUUGGCAUAAGAGAUAUUUGAUCUUCUUUUCAACAAUAUAGAUAACGGUGAUCCAAUAAAUACCAUUAACCAUUUCA